AGGGUCUCUCAUGAAAAUGAAUGCGUCAAGUGUAAAUUCUUCUGGUUUGUACCACUAUGUAUUCGAAGAAUUGGCAGAUCCUAGAGUGAAAGACUGGCUUUUGAUGAAGAACCCUUCUGGUAUACUGACAAUAACAGCGGCUUAUCUCUAUUUCAUUUUUAUUUUGGGACCGAGAUAUAUGAAAAAUAAGGAACCAUUCAACCUGAAAUAUGUUCUUAUAGUUUAUAACUUCCUGCAAAUGCUGCUCAGUAUUUACAUAACGGUAGAAACUUUGGAUAAUUCGUGGUUGAAGAACUACAGUUUGAGGUGUCAACCGGUGGAUUAUUCCUGGACACCGGAUGCACUGAGGGUUGCCAGAGGCGUUCAUAUUUAUCACCUAGCGAAGGUGACCGAACUUUUGGACACGGUUUUCUUCGUUUUGAGAAAGAAAACUGCCCAAAUAACAUUUCUUCACAUAUAUCAUCACACCAUGAUGGGUGUUGUCACAUGGGCCAUCACCAAGUAUGUAGCUGGAGGACAAAUUACCUUUAAUGCUGUGGUAAAUUCUUUUGUUCACAUUAUCAUGUAUUUCUACUACAUGGUAUCAGCAUGUGGACCUAGAUAUCAAAAGUAUUUGUGGUGGAAAAAGUACAUAACUACCUUGCAGUUGGCCCAAUUUGUAGUAUGCUUCUUUCAUUCGUUACAAAUCCUGUUCUACGAUUGUGGCUAUCCAAGAUCAAUGCUAUUCCUCACAAUUCCUAACUGUAUAUUGUUCUAUUCACUUUUCUCCGAUUUCUACUCAAAAGCCUAUCGCAAAAACUCCAAAAAACGGACACUUGAUGGUAAUGCGGAAUCAUCCAUUAAAGUUAAUGGUUUUAAGACAAAUUAAUGAUAUAUUUUAUAAGAGAACUGCAUUUAUAUAAUUACUGGUAGGUACGUCAGUGUGAUUAAUUUAAUAAAAAAAAGAAAAGUGGUCUAUUA